AUGGCCGAAUUUUAUACACCAUCACCCACCGGCUCACGCGAGAGAUCAUGCUCCGGAAGACACUGUUACCAGGACCACACCGACAGUCUACUGGAAAAGACCAACGGCGGGGCUUCGCACGAAACGAUCUGGUCUGCAUGGUGGUUGGAGAUGCUGAGUAGCCUGCUCGCACUCGGCUGCAUCAUCUCCAUUGCCAUCAUUUUGUUCCUCUACGAUGAAAAGCCUUUGCCGGAUUGGCCGGCGUUGAUAUCAGUCAACUCCCUCACUGCCAUUUUCACGGCUGUCUUCAAGGCGGCGCUCAUCAUGCCCAUAGCUGAAGGUCUCGGUCAAUUGAAAUGGAAUUGGUUUCAACAAAAACACAAGCUGUCCGAUGUCGUUGUCUUUGACGACGCCAGCCGUGGUCCGUGGGGUUCACUAGUCCUCAUCGCCAAGCAACUCCCACGAAGACGAAGGGCUUAUUUAGCCGUAUUUGGCUCCUUGAUCACUCUUGCUGCACUGGCCGUCGAUCCGGUUUCUCAGGCCAUGAUUGAGCAUAGGGGAUGCCAGUUGACAAGGCCGUCUAGUGCUCCUGAAUUAGCCGAAAUCUCCAGAACAAACAAUUACACUGCCAUCAAAGCGUCAUAUCCCGAGUUUUCAGAAUGGGCUGUCGAUCCAUUCAUGGAAGAAGCUAUGCAUAAGGGACUCAUGGACCCCGAAGAAACAGAGUCUCAGGUCAAAUUCGAAUGCGCCACCGAGGGCUCCCCAUCGCACCUCAGCCUCAGGACAGCCAGCGGCAAUGUUAGCAGCACUCAGACUUGCGUUUACGUUCACUGGGGCUGGAUCUCAUAUCCUGUUGCGCUGCUCGUCUCGCAAUGGAUGUUCUCGAUCUUGGUCAUGGCCAGUCAACGCGGUAGGGUUCGCAACGGCAAAGACGCGCACUCCAGCGCAGCGUGGAAAUCGUCCCCGCUCGCUCUUUUAUUCUACGGCCUCAGCGACAACAGAAGGAAGGGUUAUGGGGGCUUUAAGACCCUUGGAGACAUGGAUAGGGCGGCCAAAAAAAUGGAUGUGCAGUUGGCACCAGUUGAUGAGUCGAGAAACAAGGGGUGGCGGUUUUUCUGA